UAAUGUAGUUGACAAAAUAGCAUUCUUAUUAUUUCUAUCAAAUUGGCGACAAGCCUUGUCAUUUACUAUUUGCCGAAUCAUUGUAGAAUUUCUGUGUGCCAGCAAAAAUGUUUCGAAACCAAUAUGAUAGUGAUGUGACUGUGUGGAGUCCGCAGGGUCGUCUGCAUCAGGUGGAAUAUGCUAUGGAAGCGGUCAAGCUGGGUUCGGCCACAGUUGGUCUUAAAAACUCUGACUAUGCAGUGCUAGUUGCCUUGCGUCGUGCAGCUUCUGAGCUGUCUUCAUCACAACGUAAAAUUAUUCCAAUUGAUGAUCAUUUAGGUAUAUCGAUUGCAGGUAUUACCGCUGAUGCACGCGUCCUCAGUAAUUAUCUUCGUACGGAAUGCUUAAAUUUCAAGUACGCUUACGCUGCUAGAUACCCAAUUUCACGUCUCAUUUCUAUGCUUGGCAAUAAGAUGCAGGUAACAACACAGCGUUAUGAUCGACGUCCAUAUGGCGUGGGGCUUUUAGUUGCCGGCUACGAUGAAAGAGGUCCACACAUUUACCAAGUCGAUCCUUCUGCAAACUUUUUCAAUUGCAAAGCAAUGUCGAUUGGAUCUCGUUCGCAGAGUGCGCGUACGUAUUUGGAACGAAACAUCAGUUCGAAAGGUCGCGAUUUUAACUGCACAAAAGACGAACUAAUUUGCCACGGUAUUCAAGCUAUUCGUGGUUCGUUGCCAAACGACGAAGACAGUGAGUCGCCACUGCUGAAUAUAUCCAUUGCAAUUGUGGGCAAGGACCAGCCCUUCAAGAUAUUGGACGACGUCGAAAGCAAGGUAUAUUUAGAUAUGGCGAAGAAAUUACCAUCACCACCCGCACCAGAUGACGAUGUGCCAUCAACGGGAGGUGAUGAUGAAGACAAACCUGGUGACUCGCCACCAGAUCCCCAAGUACUCGUAGGAACAAUGGAGCGCUAAAACAAAUAUUUUAUAUGCUGUCAGUGCAUUUCUGUUUAACAUUAUUAGAAUAAAAGAAAAUUUAAUUUUGUGGAAUGCAGUAA